CUCAGGACCACGCGAAGCCGACUGGCCACUGUGUCAUCCUCUGCAAUAUUGGUUCAGCGCAACCCUGUGGGUCUCACGGGAGGCGUGCCAGAGAUCCACCCUGGCAAUGGAUUGUCACAGCUUAUUUGUGGAGAGUGCCUUUACAAAGUGGAACUGUUCAAUGAAUUCAGAUCGUCAGCACUGAAAUGUGAUAAGAUGCAGCAAGAUUACAGACAGUUAUGGGAUACACAUCUUUUGUCUGAAAUAGAUAGAGUGUCUUGGAGUUCAUCACCAGAUGGCAAUGGCAGAUUCCGACUACCAUCACUGGCACUGGCACGUGUAAAGACAGAACCUGCCAGCUGUGAUGCAUCAUCCCCAGCCACAAGACCAUCAGAACAACCCAAGGAUGUCGACAAGGAGGCAUGCCCAACAGAGAUUGACAACGAAGAAGUGAUGUGCUUGACAGAGGAGCGGCGAAAGAGACGUUCUACUUCUCUUUAUUCGCGCGCGCCCUGUCCUGAAUCUCCGGGAUGCCCAUACAUAUGCCGAUACUGCAAAAAGGAGCUACCAACGUCAAUGUCCUUAGCUAACCAUGAGCGUAAACACAUUGAUAAUGUGUGCCUAAUUUGUGAUGAGAAGCUGCCCAGUGAGAAAGCCUUGCGCUUGCAUGUGCGGACUGUCUGUAAUAAACUGAAUGCAGUAAAUGAUGAGCCAGAAAAUGAAGUGCCUGAUGAGAAUUUCAAGUGUGGCACAUGCCUAAGGAUCUUCCGCUCAUGUAUUGCAUUGUGGCGGCAUUGUGUUUGCCUUUCUCACAAUCAGCCACAAAGCGCUGACCAGCUCCAGGGCACCAGAAUUCCCCAAGAGGAUAAGAAAGAGUUACCAAAACGACAUCCAGCACAAAGUGUCAGCAGAGGUCGAGGUAUGAGUGGAUAUAGCAGAGGUCGAGGUAUGAGUGGAUAUGGCAGAGGUCGGGGUAUGAGUGGAUAUAGCAGAGGUAGGGGUGUAAGUGGAUAUAGCAGGGGUCGGGGGGUAAAUCGAUAUGGCAGAGGUCGGGGUGUAAGUGGAUACAGCAGAGGUCGAGGGAAGAAAAUGGUUUUCAACAAGCGGCGCGUAUGGGUGUAUGAUAAGACACCAUGUGAUGUUUGUGGUAGAAUUUUCACAUCGAAUUGUGGGAUGCUCAUCCAUCGAACACAUGCCCACAAAUAAUAAGUUGUGUGAUUGUGUGUAACAUUCAAGAUUGAUGAAUUCUUGCUGUCAGAAGUGUAGACAAUAUUGUAACAGUGGCCGUAACUGUGACGUUCAUCCAUCCAUGCUCCAUUUUAAGGUAAUGGAAGUUAUAAGAUGAAAUAUAAUGUUUUGAUAUUUUUUUCUUAAGUUAUUAAUUUCUGAGGUAAUUUGUUCUGAGAACUGUGUGUAAAGAACAGUUUUUUCUAUGAAUGUUAAUUUAAGGAGCUAAAACAUUUAUGUAUUGUGACAUUUGAAGACAUGUUUGAGAUUUCAAUUUAUCAGACCAAUAUUGAUAUUAAAAUCAUGUGACUGAAUUUCACUGUGGCUAUAGGGUGGUACUGGAAUUUCAGUGAAUCCUUGAGAGACUUCAGAUUAUUAAAAAGACAUCUUCUGUUGUAUCUAUUUCCAUUAUGUUCCUAUAAAGUUUAUGUUAUAAAUAUAAUUGUUUGUGGUUGACUUCCGAAAGGCAAAUUUGCGUUGAUGAUAAAUGCUACUUUUGCCGUCAGAAAAGGUGUAUUGUUUCUGAUUGCUUAAUAAUAGUAAAGAAUAUGUGUAUGUACUACUUUUAAUUUUUGAUAUGAGAAACACAGUGAACUGUUUCUUUUUUCCCCAAAUUAGUUCCACAGUUUCCAUUUGAUAAAGUUCCAGUUUUUUAUGUUGAGAGUGUCUGUGAAUGUGCAUAAUUUUUGUUAAAUGUAGAUGGAAUUGCAAGAAAAUUUUAUGAUAAUUUAGUUCUAGUAUAAUAUUUUGAGCACUGUGGAUAAAAUGAAAUUGAAAGAAUAUAGUUUAUACUGAUUUCUGUUCUUCCACUAUAGUGGUUGUAAAAUAAUGUGAUCUAUUGAAUGGUUAACAAGAGCCUAGUUCAUCUUGCACUGUCAUGAAGCAAUAACAAUAUAUAUUUUCAGUACUGCAACAGCAUACUUUGACCACUUAUUGCAUGACUUUGCUGGGAAGAAUUACUGAAGACUGAGAGAUCACAUAAGAUGUAGACUGUACAAAUAAAAUAAUUAUUGGAACUACA